CUUCUCUGUUGAGCAUGCUUUCUCUUGCCCCACUGGUGGUUUCCCGACGCUUCGCCACAAUGAGGUACGGGACAUCAUCGCUGGCCAACUGAAGAAGGUGGCACACAGCGUAGAAGUAGAGCCUCAUCUCCAACCCCUCACCGGCGAGCUUUUCCGCUACCGGACGGCGUCCACCGAGGAUCAAGCCCGUCUGGAUGUGGCGGCGAGUGGCGUGUGGGGAGGACGGUUUGAACGCGUUUAUCUUGAUGUACGGGUGUUUAACCCUUUCGCUCCUUCAAACCGUUCCUCUUCUCUCGCUGCUCGCUACCAGAGCCAUGAGCGAGAGAAGCGUCGCAGGUAUGGUCAGAGGGUGCAAGAAGUUGAGCGAGCCUCCUUCGUACCUGUCGUAUUCUCAGCCACAGGUGGAGCCGGUCGAGCUGCUUCCGCUCUUCUCAAGCGAAUUGCUGCUCUGUCUGCAGAGAAAUCCGGAGAGCCAUACGCAAUGGUGAUGGCGUUGCUGCGUUGUCGUCUUGGUUUUGGUCUCCUGCGUGCCAGUGUUGCCUGCCUUCGCGGUGCCCAGCGGAUGCGCCGCGUCAAUGAUCAGUCUGCUGUCCUCGCAAACGCGGAGGCUGCAUUGAUUUAACUUUCUUUGCAACUCCUGCAGUCUAGGUACUGAGUAUCAUUGUUAUCCUCUGUGUGUGUGUGUGUGUAUGUGUGUAUGCGUGAGUCAACAGCUUUGAUAAAGUUAUUGUGUUUACCCCUCUUAUUUUCUCAUCUUUGUGGUGCUUUUAAUUAUUUUUUAAUCUUGCCCGUAAAAGAGGCUGUAUACAGUGUUAUAAAAUAUAAAAAAAUAUAAAAAUAAAUCGUAUGUAUUUUACGACUCCCUAGGCCCUGCAGGCCUGGUAGAUCUACACAUUAUUAUGUACAUGUACAUAAUAUGUACGCAUAUCGCGCAUGUCAAUCGUUGUCUAAAACAUUUUGUUUUUUGAAUUUUUUUUCAUCAAAUUUUGAUGAAAGACUGUGCAUAAUGUCAAUGAUUAUGUGUGCAGAAUGAUACCAAGAGUACAUAACCCCCCGGGGUUAUGUACUCUUGAUGAUACUAGUAAUGAUUAUGUUCAAACAUGUAUAAAAUGCUGAAAAUAUGUAGAGCACCUAUCCUGUACCCUAUUGGUCAAAAGAGUCGGGUGCGUUUCGUUGGAUUGAGCUAAAGUAAAGAUAGUAUUCUCUACUCAUGGAUCGUCUAACGUGGUGCGACGAGUCGCUCCUGCCGGGAGAAGUUCACAUUUUGCAACAAGCGUCAGUACGAAUUUACGAUGGGGAAGAUAGGACAUCAUUUGAAGCCGGUGCUCUACAGCUGACGUCACAUCGUGUGAUCUGGGAUGACCAAGAUCAAGAUGGGCGAACACUGUGUCUCCAUCACUCAUUCAUUAUGAGACUGGAAGAUGUGCGUGGAUCACUGACGAAAAGCAACAAGAUAGCAGCUUUCUUGCAGCCAGCACCGUCAUCACGUGAUGUUAGCCAAGCAGUGAUGAUGGCCAGCCGGCACAAUUUUGUCCGUUUCUCGUUUCGCAAGGGUGGUCAGUCAGAGUUUCUGUCAGGUUACCAGCAGCAGCUGUCCAAGAAGCUAUGGGAGCUACCUCAAAUCAAGGCCCUGCCGUCCAAGCCCGUGGCGCAGGCACGCACAGCACGUGGUGCACCAGCUCGUUCUGGUAUCAUGGGGAUUGAGAGGACGAUGGAGGCAAAGCGUUUAGAAACAGACAAGACAAUUAGUGAGGCGUUUCAAGAUUUGAAUGCUCUAAUGGAAAAGGCUAAGCAGAUGGUGUCCCUAGCUGAAUCUGUUACCAGGAAACUGGAGGAGAAGAAGGGCAGUCUCACAGAUGAUGAGACAACAGCGUUAAAGUCCUAUCUGCUCAGUGUUGGUAUUGCUAACCCAGUCACCAGAGAGACACAUGGAUCGGGGGCUACCUAUCAUCGUGAGCUUGCCAAACAGCUAUCCGUGUUUCUUCAAGAACAGCUGAAGGAUACAGGCGGGAUCAUGACCAUGCAGGACAUCUACUGCCGCUUCAACCGUGCACGUGGCAUGGAGCUGGUAUCACCUGAAGAUCUUGUCAAUGCUUGUCAGAAUUUUCAGUCUUUGCAGUUGCCAAUGAGAUUACGAAAGUUUGACAGUGGUGUGCUAGUUGUGGAGCUUCUAAGUCAUGAUGAGGCUAAUCUGCUAAGCGAUCUACAAUCACAGGUCACCGAUGCCACGUCAAUGAGUGCAGAUGAGCUGUCACAGCUAGCAGAUAUCUCCAUCAUGCUUGCGAAAGAAAGAUUAUUACUGGGUGAAAGCAAAGGACUGCUUUGCAGAGAUGAUUCGGUCGAGGGCCUAAGAUUCUAUCCAAAUCGAUUUGUCGAGGUCUGACUGCUACCAGUCUGACCACCUCCUCCACUGUUUUGCGUGGGACCCUGUGGACAUUUUGGUGUUGUGUCGUCAGCACCAAAAUACGUCGUCCAUUUUCCGAUGUGAAGCUUGCUUUGUGCCAUCCUUUAUGUGCAAUCAGCAUGUACUGCCCGUGUCAGUGCUUCGAUGUUGACCAGGAAAAGGUUGGUGUUGGUAUUGGAAAGGUUGAUGAGCCAGCGAAGAGAAGCAGUAGACCACCACUUCAGAGGCUGGAUGUUUGCAAAUCUCCAAGUAAUCCCAUUCCGUACCGCUUACCUUGCUUGACUCCUCUAGUCCGCCGCCGCCGCCGUCGUCGUUGCUGCUGCUGCUGCCACCGUACAAACUAAUAGUGUGCAGUGUUUCUGCUUCCGAUUUCACUGCUUAGCUUCUUGCUCUAGAAUUCACUUUGAAAGCCAACAGAUAAAUUUGCUUCAUGAAACACAUGCUACACAUUAUAUUUAUGAUUUUUUUAACACUUUAGUGUCAGUUUACUGCUCUCAAUAUUUCAGCUUUACUCAACUUUUGUUAAUGUCUGUCAGUUCUAAGUUGCUGCCUCACACAUGUAUGAUACGGUAUAUGCUUAAUUUUGGCUAUGGAAAUGUGUCCGGGCUAACUUAUCGUUGAUCACACACUGCCAUGACUGCACUACUCGACAUUCUCGUAAAUGAGAGACGGUUACAGUUGGCAACACAGUA